AUGACGCCAAAGCCCAAAGUGCUGGGGGUGGCUGAAAAGCCUGAAGCAGCCAAACAAAUCGCAACAAUUUUGAGCGGAAACAAAUUCAAAAAGAGAGAAGGAAAAUCCAAGUUUAACAAAGUCUUUGAGUUUGAUUAUAGGAUGAACGGACAAGUAGUAACCAUGUGCAUUACCUCGGUGUUGGGCCAUUUGAUGGAGUUGGAUUUCGAAGGUAAAUUCCGAUCAUGGGCUUCUUGUGAUCCGAUGGUUUUGAUGGAUGUUUCAACACCAGUGAUACGUACUGUUCCAGAGAAACAUACAGAUAUUGAAAAGAACCUUGAAAAUGAAGCCAGAAAUGCAAGUAAAUUAAUAUUAUGGCUAGAUUGUGAUAGAGAAGGAGAAAAUAUUGCAUUCGAGGUUGUUGAUGUUUGCACACGAGUGAAUAGAGCUCUAUCUAUUGACAACAAUACAAUUUUAAGAGCUAGAUUUUCAGAAUUUACGCCAGCAGCAAUUAAUAGGGCAAUUAGAACUUUGGAAAGGCCAAACAUUUUGGACAGUAUGGCUGUGGAUGCUCGACAAGAGUUGGAUUUGAGAAUUGGAGCAAGUUUUACUCGAUUUCAAUCAAUGAGGCUACAAAAAAAGUUUCACGGUUUACCAGGAGAUGUCAUCAGUUAUGGACCGUGCCAAUUUCCUACUCUUGGGUUUGUGGUCAAGAGAGAUUUACUUAUCAAGAAUUUCGAAAGCGAAAAAUUUUGGACCUUAAAUUGCUGUCAUGACAUGGGAGAAGAGGGAAAAGCGCAAUUUCUGUGGAAGAGAGGGCGAUUGUUCGAUCACUUGUCCUGUCUUAUACUGUACGAGUUGUGUGUUGAAAAUCCAACAGCAACAGUCACUCGAGUAGACAAAAAGAGAAGAACCAAACAACGACCAAUACCUCUCAACACAAUUGAACUCCAAAAAUUGGCUUCUCAAAAGCUGAGAAUGAGCUCACAUGACACAAUGAAGGUAGCAGAGUCAUUGUACAAUAAGGGAUUCAUCAGUUAUCCUAGAACAGAGACAAAUAAUUAUAAUCAAUUUUCAGAUGACGAUUUGAAAAAUUUAAUUCAGGAACACUCUUCAAAUCCAAUUUGGGGGCAAUAUGCAGCAGACUUGCUGAACGGAGGUUAUCGAAAACCAACCAGUGGCAAACAAGACGACAAGGCUCACCCUCCUAUUCACCCUCUCAAAGGAUCUUGUCAGGCUCCCGAUCAGAAAGAACAAGAUUUGUACGAGUUAAUAUCAAGACAUUUUCUUGCAUGUUGCUCUCAAGAUGCAUUGGGAUCAGAAACUAAGGUUCAUAUUGUCGUUGCUAACGAAGAGUUUACCUGCUCUGGAUUGAUGGUUGAACAAAAGAAUUAUCUCGAGAUUUGGAAGUAUGACAAAUGGUCAGACAAGAGCAUUCCAGUAUUUCAACAAAAUCAACAAUUUGUUCCCACUUCACUCCUGAUGGAUGAAGGCGAAACAAGACCGCCACCACACCUUUCUGAAUCAGAUCUCAUUUCGGCCAUGGAUUCUAAUGGCAUUGGAACUGAUGCUACGGUAGCUCAACAUAUCAAAACCAUUCAAGACAGAGGAUAUGUGAUCAAGAGAGGCAACCGAUUUGAAGCAAGUAAUUUAGGUAUAGCACUUUUACAGGGCUAUGAUCUAAUUGGAUAUGAACUGUCAACACCUAAUCUGCGAGCAAAAAUGGAAAAGGAUAUGGUGUGCAUCAGUCAAGGUCAAAUCACCAAAGAUGCCGUCAUUAAUCAAAGCUUGGCCAUGUACAAACAUGUAUUCAUGCAAAUUUGUAAAUCAGCCCAUUUAUUGGACAAGGCUGUUCAACAACACUUCAAACCCAUCGGAGAAUCGGGUCAAAGUAAGGUCUUGGUGAGAUCUUUCUCAAUGUGUGGCUGUGGGAACAGCAUGGAUUUGAAGGAACAAGAUGGACAUCGCUUUUUAUUUUGUAAAAAUUGUAAAGAGGCAUACAAUUUGCCAAGUAAGUGUGAAUAUGAGAGCAUUUCAGAUCAGUGUCCGCUCUGUAACUUCCAAGUACUGAACGUCACGACCCAGAAAAGCAAUUACAACAUCUGCCCAAAUUGCUUUAACAAUCCACCGGAUUUAGAGAAUGCAGGGGCAGAAACUUAUGUCAAUGGAUUUCGAUGUUACAACUGUACUUUUCAAGAUUGUAAAUACUCAAGGAAGAAAGAGGCAUUUGUAAGAAACUGUCCAAAAUGCUCCAAGAACAUGGUAGUCAAACAAACGAAAGAAGGAAAUUUCUAUAUUGGAUGCAAAGGGUUUCCAGCAUGCAGAACUUCUGUUUGGAUGCCCAAAUCCAUUACAGGAGUUGAAGCAACUUCUGAGAAGUGUUUGAACUGCAGUACAAGGUCAGAUUCUGUAUUCAAAACCAAGUUCAAAAUUUCCAGAGAUGGUACAUUUCUUCCUUCUCAUAUUCAGUCAGAACAUGUGACAUGUGUUUUUUGUGACAGUGAUUUUAACGAGAUUUUUAAUAUCAGUCUUAGUGCUCUUAAUCAGAACGAUUCCAAUAACGAACAUGGCUCUGUUGCCAUCUACAAUAACACCACCUCAGGAAGAUCCAGAGCAGCACCUACCUCGCAGACAAGAACCUCUCCUCAUGCAACAACAUCACGUACAGCAACUACCCUGAGAAAAAGCCCAUCAAACACAGGUAACCAAAUUACCCUUGACAAAAUGCUUGGCAAAAGAACUGGUAGGGACUUUGGGAGUGGGUCACCCUCUGGACAUUCAUCAAUGCCCUCUUCGACAGGAUCACCAAGCAACACCUACAACAGGUCAGGUGCAUCUGUCAAUGCUUCUAAAGCUCCUCAACACAUUCAACGUGGUAAUUCAAAUCAAAGCGGAAGUGAGGACAAGGUAAAUUGUCCUCAUUGUGGAGCUCUUGCAAUCAAACUUGUAUGUAAGAAGGCUGGUGAUAAUCAAGGAAGGCAAUUCUGGAAGUGCCCCAACAAGGAUGGUGAUUGUCCAAAAUUCUUCCAAUGGGCAGAUUAA